CGCUGAGGAAGCACAGAGUAGGGUCGGACGCAAGUUCGGGACAACUCCUGUGAAAUAUAUCUUGAAUACAAGCAAAAAUGGACAACAACUCUAUUGACAGUUUAAUCCUGAAGCUCCACGAUGUGGACGCGGUGAAGUUCGGAGAGUACAAGCUGAAGAGCGGCAUGCUGACACCCAUCUACAUCGACCUCAGGGUGCUCGUGUCCUACCCAGCGCUCAUGAACCAGGUGUCCAGUCUCAUCUACCAGCGAGUGCAAGAAGAGGGGCUUCAGUUUGACUCGGUGUGUGGCGUUCCAUACACAGCGCUGCCUUUGGCCACAAUCAUCUGCUCGAGACAUGAACUGCCAAUGCUCAUCAGGCGAAAGGAGGCCAAGGACUAUGGAACCAAGCGUCUAGUGGAGGGCUCAUUUCGUGAGGGGGACACAUGCCUGAUCAUAGAGGACACGGUGACCAGUGGCAGCAGCAUCCUGGAGACUGCAGAAGUGCUCUACAAAGGGGGACUGAAGGUGACAGAUGCCAUCGUACUAAUGGACAGAGAGCAAGGAGGAGUGGAGAUGUUGGCCUCUCAGAGAAUCAAGCUCCAUCCCAUCAUCUCCAUGUUCAAGCUGCUCAACGUGCUGCUGGCAGCCGAACGCAUCAACGCCCACACCGCCCAGAGCGUCCGCAAAUUCAUCCUGGACAAUAACACUUUCAGCCCCAAGGAGGAGAAUGGAAAUGGGGUUCCUGCCUCCAAGAAGCCAUGUGUGGAGCAAAGCAUGGAGCUGAGCUACGCAGAUAGAGCUAAACUACCAGACGUUCACCCUCUGGCGUCAAAGCUGCUGAAGAUAAUGGAGGACAAGCAGUCUAACCUCUGUGUGUCUGCUGACGUGACGAGCAGUGAGGAGCUACUUCAGCUGGCAGACUCUCUUGGUUCCAAAAUCUGCCUGCUCAAGACUCAUGUGGAUAUCCUAAAGGACUAUACAGCGGCCUUCAGCCAGAAGCUGCGGGCUUUGGCUGAGAAACACAAUUUCCUCAUUUUUGAAGAUCGCAAGUUUGCUGACAUUGGGAACACAGUCAAGCAUCAGUAUGAAGGUGGUUUGUACCAGAUCUCAUCCUGGUCCCACAUAGUGAAUGCCCAUGCGGUGCCAGGGCCCGGCGUUGUGAAGGGUCUGAGUGCUGUAGGAAAGCCUCUGGGCCAAGGCUGUUUGCUCAUAGCACAGAUGAGCUCCCAGGGGUCACUGGCUACGGGUGAAUACACAAACGCUGUGCUGAAGAUGGCGGAGGAGCAGUCAGACUUUGUGAUUGGGUUUAUCUGUGGCUCCAAGAUCACCAAGAGGCCAGAGUUCAUCCACAUGACCCCCGGGGUGCAGCUGCAGGCCGGAGGUGAUGGGUUGGGCCAGCAGUACACCACCCCAGAGGAAGUCCUCUGCAACAAAGGCUCUGAUGUCAUCAUCGUCGGCCGGGGUAUCCUGGAGGCCCCUGAUAGGCUGGAAGCUGCUGAGUCAUACAGAAAGUCAGGCUGGGAGGCUUACACAAAGAGACUGGGCCACAGUGGCCAUUAAGAGCUUAGGACCAACUGUCAUUUCAUCUAAUUGCAAAUUGAACCCACAAAUAAGGACCUCUGUGGUGACCUUUUAUUAUUUUCACUUACACAAGUGUGCACCUAGUUGUAUACAUAGAAACAUAUGUAGACAUGUGCGUCUGUACUCCACACUGUCACAUCAAAGUGCAGAAACUACACAGGUUAUUAACAUCUGCAGGAGUUACCUGGCAGGUGUUGCGGGGGACCAGACACUUGACCUUUGAACAUAUGGAAUUGUGCUCUCUUAAGUCAGUCCUAUUAAUAAGCUGCUUUAACUGAGUUAUUUUGAUUCCCUCCUAUUAAAUAACUGCACAACCAAACCUAAAGUCUAUUUGCUAAGGUACUCCUGACCAGGUUUAUACACAUUUGGGAAAAAAACAUCAGUAAUCCUUUUAAUUCCACCUGCUAGAAACAAGACGUGGAGAGUUUUUUUUUGUCUGCUUAUGCUUUUUGUAUAAUUGCUUAAAUGCUAGACUAAAAUUUGUAGUGCAAAAAAAGAGUGAGUACGGCUAAUACUUUUUCAAGGGUUUUGCAAAACCAAAAUCAAAUUCAGGGAAUUUUUCAGUACACAUUUGUCCAAUCUAGAUCUUGAGCAUCUCUUUUUACAAGAUGACAGAUGUACUAAUGAUGGAAUGAUGUUUUCAUUUAACUCCUGAACAUAACUGCAAGUCACCGAGUCAUUUAUGUUGAACUCCAGUUUCACAAAGUGUCGGUAUUAAUCUCAACUUGAAUGUAGAGACGGUUAAUUUCAAAGGGAAUGGAAGUCCUUGGUCAGUCACAACUCUAUUAGAUCAUUGUUAUUAAAUAAUGUUUUGAAUGUGGUCCUGACUUGAAUAUGCCUUUAUAAAGGGAACACUUUACAUUGUGAAUUCAUAGGUUAACAAAAUGAUAGCAUUUGAAAAUGUGAGAAAAUUAUGGGCCAUUUGAACAAUGUUUGGCCUGCUUGUUAUUUCUUUUUCAACAGCUGUGUUUGUUUAUUAGUUUGGAUGAUCUGUGUGUAGCCCCUCAGAUUGUUUUAAUUACAAGAUGAGGAAAUGCUGAUUGCAGGCGGGUUAGUCGUCUCAAAUGUCUAAAGUCCAAUGUCUGCCGUCCAUAUGUAAAAAUAACAAAUCCUCUGGUGAGGCAAUAUUUUUUUCUAUAAUUUGACAUGAUCUGUGAUCCCAGUUCUCCAUUGUUUCUCUCCAGAAAGAGGAUCAGUAAACAAGUUUGUUUAUACAAGAGAGAAUUGCCUUUAGUUUGUGACACCUCCCUUUAAAAGUAGACAGAAGUUAAAUUUUGUGUACGCUGUGUCCUGGAGCCAUGACAGUUACGCUGUUCCUACUACGCCUCCAUGCAGUAAAAUGGCUUCAUGGUGUCCUUGAUGGUAUUCUCGUAUUUGCUUUAAUGAAUAAAUGUCUUAUCUAACUCAGACCUUGUUUCCCUCCAUGUACUUUCCUACUGUUACUGAAAAAGAGCACAAUGCUGAAUACUUAAAUAAAUCGUAUUGCAAAUCUA